AUGGGGGCCCUGGACAUUUUGCAAUUGGCAGAUAAGUCAUCGCCAACUCAACAGUUACACCAACCUGUAGCCAUUUCCCCCUCUCAACAGAACAAAAGAAACAGUGAAGCUAUUUUGGUCAUUUUCGAUCAUCGCACACAAUCCGCGAAGGGAUGGAAAACGCUGAGGGACCGCCGAGAACCCGCCCAAAUGAGGGCCAAGCCAUUUCGAACCGGGCCUCGAGACAAGAAGGACCCCAUCGAAGACGACGCCUCGACUGCACACCGUCGGCUUGUCCACCGUGGGCGACGCCGGAGCCUCGACAACAUGCACGCCGUGACCACGCGCAACGUCCCUGAUCAGCAACAACUGCAACAAAAGACAGACCAACGCCAGAUUACGCAGAGCCGUGGCCGAAGAAGUAAAAGCGGCGCGCCCGCAGUCCGUCUCGACAUGGAUCUCGAACUGGAUGUCGAGUUGAAGGCCAAGAUUAAUGGGGUGGCGAACAAAAUAGAGGGUGAAAGGACCGUUGGCGUUGACGGCUGAAUGAAGGGGUUGCAACUGCUCAACUGGAUUCUCACCAUGAAAGAUUACUAGGAAUCGUCCACUCAGGUCUUUGACAAACGCAAACGAACGGAGUGUGUUUCACGUGUUGUUUCUGCUCUGUCUUCUGUCUUUUCGGAUACCCGGCAAAAUGCUGAUAUGCGCAGG